GCUGCUACGUUUUUCUCGGCAGAUAGAGACACCGCUGUGUGUCUGAGUGGGAGAUGGACUGAGUGAGGGCGCUCUUUCGACCAGUGCUGGCGAUAGCAUUGAAAUUACCCACAAGCUAGGUCGAAAUAAUUGACGAUUUCAGGUCGCCGAAUCAACAAGAAAACACAGUGUCGUUAUCAGUCUUUCACAUCCCACUCCAAACACACUAACACGGCAUUGAUGGUAAUGUAUGCAAGGAAACAACCGAGACUCGGCGAUGGGUGCGACCGAAGAGAUUCUCAGCCCUAUCAGACUCUCAAAUACUCAUCCAAGAGCCAUCCAGGAGGGGACCACAGGCAUGAGAAGAUGCGCGACUCCUCAGAUGUCACUCCUCCCUGCAAAAUGCUCCGGAGGUCUGACAGCCCUGAAAACAAACACAUCGACAGCACGGGCCACAGCAGAGCAAAGGCUGUGCACACACACCGGGCCAGGGACAGGGAUGGAGGGACCAGUUAUUCUCCACAAGAAAAUUCUCACAACCACAGUUCCCUUCAUAGCUCCAACUCACAUUCUAACCCCAGCAAGAACUCAGACACACCUUACGAACCUGGUGAUGACUGGUCGGAGCACAUCAGCUCCUCAGGAAAGAAAUACUAUUACAACUGCAGGACAGAGGUGUCCCAGUGGGAGAAGCCCAAAGAAUGGCUUGAGAGAGAACAGAGGCAAAAAGAGGCAACAAAGACUGCUGUUGUCAACAGUUUCCCCAAAGACAGGGACUACAGAAGGGAGGCUAUGCAGGCAUCAGCAGCCCCUGGCUUCACUGCUGCUAAGUCAGCCCAGGUGGAGAAGCCUGCAGCAACCCUUGCUUCCCAGUCAUCAUCCUCAGGCUCAGGGAGCUUGAACGCUUCAUCAGGGCCCCCUGGAUCAUCUGCCUCUACGGUGCCCGUGUCCCCAGUUCUGCAGUCCCCCACCCCUCCACUACUUCAAGACCCUACUCUGCUUCGCCAGCUUCUCCCAGCACUUCAGACUGCCCUGCAGUUAAACAAUGCUAGUGUGGACAUGGCGAAAAUCAACGAAGUUCUCACAGCUGCUGUCACACAAGCUUCAUUACAGUCGAUGCUCCAUAAGAUCCUCACUGCUGGACCAUCAGCUUUCAAUAUCACUACUAUCCUCUCUCAAGCUGCUCAACUCUCAAACCAAGCAGCUCAGCAAUCGAACCAGUCACCGAUGUCGUUAACAUCAGACGCCUCGUCGCCCAGGUCUUAUGUCUCACCACGGAUCAGCACACCACAGACGAACGCUGGCGCCCACAAGCCCCUCCUCAGCACACAGCCUGUUAUCUCGCAGCCAAAAGUGAGCACGGCAUCGGGGAAGCAGGCGUCUCACCCCCAGCCCACAUCCCAGCAGCCCCUCACCAGCGAUAAGCAGCACAGUCACGAUGCCUCUACGGCCUCCCCGCGCACCCUGCAGCGCCAAGGAAGUCAGAGGAGUCCCUCUCCCGGUCCCAACCAUGUCACCUCCAGCAGCAGCAACGCUCCCAACUCUGCCUCAGCUCCCCCCACCGCCUCAGCCACCCGGCCCUCCUGCACCUUCACCCCCACCCUCGCCGCUCACUUCAAUGAGAAUCUUAUCAAACAUGUACAUGGUUGGCCUGCUGAACAUGCAGAGAAACAGGCAUCAAGACUUCGUGAAGAGGCUCACACCAUGGGGAGCAUCUGUAUGUCUGAGAACUGCACCGAGCUCAAAAACCUGCGGUCCUUGGUCAGAGUCUGUGAAAUACAAGCAACAUUGCGUGAGCAGAGGAUACUGUUUCUGAGACAGCAAAUCAAAGAACUUGAAAAGUUGAAGAAUCAGAAUUCUUUCAUGGUCUGAGAACUUCUGGUCGCGAGUCGAAGCGGGCGUUGAGGGGGAAAAGAGGGGAAGACCCAUUGCACAUAGUUGGAAGGGGAGAGCAGUUCAUCAGUUGCUCUUGAGCCCAGUCUCAACACACAGGAGCUGCAGUUGGGUUGGCUUUGGACCGUUGGGCUGGGAGAACCAAGGGGGGACACAUGAAGAGCUGUUGUGGGAGGAGGCGGAAGGGUGGGGUGGUUUACAAGAUUCGUUUUUUGUAAAGACCCACAGCGGGAAUAAAAAUGUAGAUUUCUUGUAGAUGUUAUUAUCUAUGUUGUAAAUAUGUUUUGUAGAUUGAAGCCAUGGAAAGCCAUGCCUAUCAAAGCUUUUGACAUCCAAACUAAUCAAACGUCUAGGCGGCUACAUUCAUUAGCUAGCCUUUUCCGUCAUGUUAACUCAUCUGCAGUCUUCAAGCUUCAUUUUGUCAUAGAUAAUUGAAUCAUCGAGCGAGUGUGACCUGCAUGUAAACAGAGGAGGAUGUUUGAAGCCAUUUAUUUACACAGAAGCCUAGCAUAAAGCAUAACACACUGGUGUCAAUGUCGUUCCUUUUUUUUUCUCAAAUAUCGGUAAUCUGAGUACUCUGUCUAGUUUUCUCUUCCUGUAACCUCGACUCAGGCGUGACAAACAUCCCCUCUCUGCAGGUCUGUCAUGGCUGCUCACAAUGGUUCAGUGAUCUAUUUGCAGCUUUCUGGUGGCCCUGCAUGUCCCAGUCUGAAAAAAACAGUGCCUGGUGGUGUGGUGGAGUGAGUGAUUUAAAAAAAACAAAACAAAAAAAAUAUAUAAAAUGAAGAGAUGUGACGCCGUGCUGCUUUGGACCAUUCCCACUCCCUCAUACCCCCCCCCACCCCGGCCUCAGCCCUGCCCUGCCACACUCUCAACACUUCACACCCUCCUCGUAGUUAGGUUUUUUUUUGUUUGUUUGUUUUUUUCCUUUGUGUUCCAACAAUUUUUUUUGUUCCUCUUUUUUCCCUCCUGGUUCAUUCCUUUGUACAGUCACUAACAUUACAGUGGAGUUUUAAGAAAGAGGACACAGAGUAAGAAAGGUUUUAUUUAUAAGAGUUGUAGUAACGAGCAGUAAAUCACAGUGACGUCGACACGUUUUUAACUCGCACCCGGUUAAAGGAGCAGCGUAUUACAGCUCGCCGCAGAUCGGAGGCAGAUGUACGUGGAUCACCUCUUUUGUGUCAGAGCAGGGCAAAACAGGAGGUCACAAGGUCAAAUGUGAAAUGUAUGUAUUGUAAUAAACAUGUGCAACUAAAGCGAGCACUGGUUAUUUUAUUGGAGUUUACUAGGUUUGGUUCAUACGCUAGUGCCUUGUUGAAAGUCUUAAGUGUCACGGCCUCAUCCACCUGCGGAGCUCCCGCCCGUUUUCUAAAAGUCCUUUUUGACGCCAAGAUAAGAUGUUUGACAAGGCGUGCCACACACGGGUUUGGUUUUUCUAGCACGUCCCAUCCCUCUGACUGGGUUUUGUUCCUCACUGUUGAUGAGCAGGGUACUCGGCUGCAAAGGUCUGUUUUUAUUUCCACCAUAUUGAGUCUGUAGCUGAACUGCACCACACAUUCAGUAAAGGUGACCACAUCAUUGCUUUGUAUAUUGUUUCCUGAAGUAUAUUGAGAAAUGAAAUAAAAUAUGCCUCUCCAGGGCUACGUUGUUCAGUU